AUGGAGGGCGGGGAACACUCCAGAACUGAGGAUCAGGAGCUUGGGCGUGCAACUGGUUCCCAGAGCACCAACUUGGCCAUUGCGGAAGGUCAGCAGAAGUGGCUGCAGUUAGAUCACCGAGUUCUUGACCAUGAUCUGCCUAAGAAACCAGGCCCAACCAUCUUGCACUUUGCUGUGAGGUUCUACAUUGAGAGCAUAUCAUUUUUAAAGGAUAAAACCACUGUAGAGCUAUUUUUCUUGAAUGCGAAGUCCUGUGUGCACAAGGGGCAAAUUGAAGUAGACAGUGAAACCAUCUUCAAGUUAGCAGCACUUGUUUUACAGGAAGCCAAGGGGGAUUACACCAGUGAUGAAAAUGCCAGGAAAGAUUUAAAGACACUACCAGUCUUUCCAACUAAAACCCUGCAGGAGCAUCCAUCCCUUGCUUAUUGCGAGGACAGGGUAAUUGAGCAUUAUUUGAAACUCAAAGGUCUGACUCGAGGUCAAGCAGUAGUUCAGUACAUGAAAAUAGUAGAAGCUCUACCGACUUACGGAGUUCACUAUUAUGCAGUAAAGGAUAAACAAGGACUUCCUUGGUGGCUUGGAAUCAGCUAUAAAGGAAUUGGCCAGUACGAUUUACAAGAUAAAGUGAAACCUCGGAAAUUAUUUCAGUGGAAACAAUUGGAGAACUUAUAUUUCCGUGAGAAAAAAUUUGCUGUUGAAGUUCAUGAUCCACGGAGGAUCUCAGUGUCAAGGAGAACCUUUGGGCAAAGUGGCCUCUUUGUGCAAACGUGGUAUGCAAACUCUUCUCUCAUCAAGUCCAUCUGGGUAAUGGCAAUUAGUCAGCAUCAGUUCUACUUGGACCGAAAGCAAAGCAAAGCAAAAAUUUCUUCAGCUAGAAGUUUAGACGAUAUUGCAAUGGACUUGACAGAGACAGGAGCGCCGCGGGUCUCCAAACUAGUGACCCUGGACGCAAAGAGUCAGUUCAUCAUGGCAAGCAAUGGCAGUCUUAUCUCCUCAGGUUCUCAAGACUCAGAAGUUAGUGAAGAGCAAAAAAGAGAGAAAAUCCUUGAACUUAAGAAGAAGGAAAAGCUUUUGCAAGAAAAACUCCUGAAAAAAGUCGAGGAGCUUAAAAAGAUCUGUUUGCGGGAGGCUGAGCUCACAGGCAAAAUUCCCAAAGAGUAUCCACUGAACAUAGGUGAGAAACCUCCCCAGGUCAGAAGGCGUGUAGGUACCACAUUCAAAUUGGAUGACAACUUGCUUCCAAGCGAAGAGGAUCCUGCUUUGCAAGAACUGGAGAGCAAUUUCCUAAUACAGCAAAAGCUGGUUGAAGCUGCAAAGAAACUUGCCAGUGAGCCAGACCUUUGUAAAACUGUGAAGAAAAAACGAAAGCAAGAUUACUCAGAUGCGGUGAAAAAGCUUCAGGAGAUUGAAAAUGCAAUAAAUGAAUACCGAAUUAGAUGUGGAAAGAAACCUGGCCAGAAAGCAGCAGUUAUUUUACCAGAAGACAUAAUCCCAUCAGAGAGCAGUUCCUUGUCUGACACGACCACCUAUGAUGAUUCCACUGAUGCCUUCAGUCUUGCUGGACAGCGAUCAAGUUCAGUGCCUCAUUCUCCAAGAAUUCUUCCCCCCAAGUCUCUUGGAAUUGAGCGAAUCCAUUUCAGAAAGUCAUCCAUCCAUGAACAGCUGGUGGAUACCAGGCAGUCCAGAGAAAUGCUGUCAACACACAGCAGCCCCUACAAAACCUUGGAGAGACGCCCCCAGGGAGGCCGGAGCAUGCCCACCACGCCAGUUCUUACCCGCAAUGCCUAUAGCAGCAGUCACUUGGAGCCCGAAUCUUCAUCUCAGCACUGCCGCCAGCGGAGUGGAAGCCUCGAGUCCCAGUCCCACCUGCUCUCCGAGAUGGACAACGACAAGCCAUUUUUUUCCCUCUCCAAAUCCCAAAGAAGCAGCAGCACAGAAAUCUUGGAUGACGGGUCUUCCUACACCAGCCAAUCGAGCACCGAGUAUUACUGUGUGACGCCAGUGACAGGCCCCUAUUACACCACCCAAACUCUGGACACUCGCGCCAGAGGUCGGAGAAGGUCGAAGAAACAGAAUGUUUCCACGUCGAAUUCAGGAAGCAUGCCCAACCUAGCCCAAAAGGACAGUUUGCGGAAUGGCGUGUACUGCAAGAACCCGGAGCAGCCUUCUUCCAGUUACUAUAUCGCGGGGUACACGCCGUAUGCCGAGUGCGACCUGUAUUACGGCGGCGGCUAUGUGUACGAGAAUGACACCGAAGGACAGUACAGUGUCAAUCCUUCCUACCGGUCCUCCGCCCACUAUGCAUACGACCGCCAAAGGGACUACAGCAGAUCUUUUCAUGAAGACGAGGUUGACCGGGUGCCCCCUAACCCCUACGCAACUCUCCGACUGCCCCGGAAGGCUGCUGCCAAGUCAGAGCACAUCACCAAAAACAUCCACAAGGCCUUAGUUGCAGAGCACCUGCGUGGCUGGUAUCAGCGGGCCUCUGGGCAAAAGGAGCAGGGACACAGCCCACAGACUAGCUUUGACUCCGAAAGGGGGUCUCAGAGAAGCCUGGGGUUUGCAGGGCUGCAAGUACCCUGUUCUCCAAGCAGUCGUGCAUCCUCCUACUCCUCAGUGUCUUCUACAAAUGCUUCUGGGAACUGGAGAACACAAAUAACUGUGGGACUGUCUGAGUAUGAAACCCCAGCACAUUCCUCUUAUACCAGCUGCUAUGGCAACAUCUGUAAUCCUUUGCCCUCUCCAGGCAGACAGUACACAGAGGCCAGUCAACUGGAUGGCACAGAGGGAAACCCGCUGGAGGACAGCCUGGAGAGUGGCGAGCAGAGGCUCUUCUGGCACGAAGAUUCAAAGCCUGGAACGUUAGUCUGAACUGCAGUUGGACCUCUUGACCAAGCACUGCGUUCUCACACUGGUGUGCCUUGCAAAAUGUGUUCAUCUUCCCAGAAGGCUGUUGGCCUAGGAGACCUAAAGGCGUCCAAGGUUGAAGACAUGACUCACUUUGCCCUGGAAGUGAAUCUCAUACCAAGCCACAGGAAGCCCCUGAACAACUAGCCUUUCAAACUCUAGGCGCUAACCUAACAAAGCAAGGUCGUUCCACUCCUUGAACCAUUGCCAAGAAAGGAUUCAGCCUUUAUCAAACAAGCACUUUUUGAGGAAUAAAAGUUGUUGAAGGCAAAGCUCAAAACAGCAUAAAGUAUGUUCAGGGUCUCCCAUAGGAAGGAAGGACAUGGGAAAUUUCAGAGCACAGUUUGGAAUGAUGAGAAGAGCUCCUUAGUCAUUGCUCACCAUCAGAAAGUUUGAAUUUGUGAGCUGGCAAAAAAAUAACAUGCUUUUUCUACGGAUAUGAACAAUUUAGACAGUAUUGGAAAAUUACUUGAAGACAAGCUGGAUUUUCAUGAAGUUCUGAAUGAGUGUAAAUUUUUUUUAGGAUGUUAUAAAGAGUGAUGAUUUUCAUAAGCACCAUAAAAUGGGUUUCAGAAAGACUUACUGCUGUAGCAUCUUGUAAUAUAAAUGUUGUGGUAGCAAAAUGGGGAAAUGAAGCAGUCCACAGAAUAAUUGACAGACAAUACUUGGAGAAUUUUCUAAGGUACCAUAUCACUAAGCUCCUUUUACUUUCUACACCAAUGGCAUGAUGAGCUAUUGUUCAGGCUGAUAACUCUCCACUUUGGCAGUCAUUUGCAAUGGCAGAUUUGAUAUGGAACGUUUUUAUAAUCAAGAGUUUAAAAAGUAUUUUAAGGUGAUACAGAAAGAAUCCAAAACAAAAACAAGAAAAGAAAAAACCCACAUCAUUUUACAUGAAUUGCGUGCCUUAAAAUGGUGAACAUUAGAAAAGUUAGCAUAUUAUCUGGAUUCUAUAGAUACCAAGUGACAAAA